AGAAUAAAGGUAACCUCAGCGCAAAAACAGCUCACUAAACAAGUGCGAAAUAGACUUCAUUUUUAAAAAUAAAAUUUGUUUACCUUUGUUGUUUACGAAAUCAGCUGUCACUGAUAACAAUAUUAUUAAUACUUCAAAAAACGUUCAAUUUGUAAUAAAAAUAAAGUUAAAGUAUAUCACGUUAAGUUAAAGUAAUAAAACCGUAGAAAUCAUUUUCCAAUUCCAACAUCAGCAUCGGGGAACAGACAGAACCAACGUACAAAUAUGAGCGCCGACGUAUUCAAAGGCUACCUCAAAACCCACUCCAAUAUACUGGUCUUGACAGGAGCAGGAAUUUCCGCAGAAUCAGGAAUACCAACGUUUCGUGGAGUCGAUGGAAUGUGGGGAAAGUUCCAAAUCAGAGAUGUAGCUCACUCGACAGCUUUCAGUAAACGACCUUCUUUAGUUUGGGAAUUUUACAGCUACAGGAGAGGAGUUGCUUUGAAAGCUAAACCAAAUAAGGCACAUUAUAUGUUGGCUGAACUUCAAAAGAGAUGCAUGGAAGAAGGAAGAAAUCUCAAUGUGGUGACUCAAAAUGUAGACGGGUUACAUAUUCAGGCUGGCGCCAAGAACGUGAUCGAAAUGCAUGGGUCUUUGUUCAAGACCAAGUGUACUAAAUGCAAACGGGUUGAAGAGAAUAGACGACAUCCUAUCUGUAAAGCACUUAGAGGCAGAGGGGCUCCAGAUGCAGAAUAUCACAAAGAUAUACCUCUAGAACAGUUACCACGUUGCAAACAUCCCACAUGCCGUGGUCUCCUCAGACCAAAUAUUGUCUGGUUUGGAGAACGUUUACAUCCUAAAAUCACCUCGAAGAUAGCCGAAUUAGUAGACACUGCUGAUGUAUACAUAGUAAUAGGAAGCUCUUCAGCCAGGGAGUACUUGAAUAAGCUAAAAGCCAGAGAUGCCAUCACUGCUGAAUUCAACGUGGCUCUAACAAGUCAAAGCGAUGAUUAUUCAUUCAUUUUCCCAGGUCCAUGUACUGAAACGAUACCAAGAACUUUGAAUUAUUGGGAGAAUAAUACAAGUCAGAAUGAACCUGAAAACGAGUCAUAAUUUCAUAAGUUCAACUUUCCAUCGUCGUUGUAUUUUAUCUACAGGGGGAUGAUGGGGUGAAGAAAAUGAUCAAUUUGUGUGGUGUUCUACUUGACUUUCAUACCAAGUAUCUACUGUAAUUAUAACCGCGGAGAAUGUUGUUACACAUUUUGUUAAAUGCUGAAUAAAUUAUGCGUUUUUCAUGUA